GCGCUGCCUGCAAAGCUCGGACUUCGCUUUCACCACGGCGUUUCUCCACCCCGGCAUACCCGGAGGUUGCUGAAAUCGUAAAGAAGAAUCGAGCUUAUUGCUUCUGAAGUUGUUGUAGGCACGAAAGAAAGUUUGUGCGACGAUCAAAUAUGUCUGACAUUAGGAAGUGGUUCAUGAAAGCCCAUGACAAAGGCAAAGGCAAUGAUAAUGCAUCAUCCAAGCCUGUUAAUCCUGCACCAACCAAUGCAGAACCAGGAGGCCAAGAAAAUUCUGCCAGAAGGAAAACCAGUAAGUAUUUUCCAGCUCCUGCUGACAAACAAAAUCAGAAAGAUGACAAAGGUGUGGAUAAGCCUCCAGCCAAGAGAAAACUUCUAAAGGACAGCAGUGAAUCACCAAAACUACCACCUUCCAAAAGACCUAGUAAAGUUGAUGAUGAUGAGGACUUUGUCUUGCCCAGUUCAGAGAAGCCUGCUGAAGUCCCUCCCAGUAAGAAACUCAAGAAUAGUUCAGGAAAGGGGGUUUCUAAGAAAACUGUAGAUAUUGAUGAAAAUGAUGAGGAUAAUGAUGUUAAAGAUAUUGAGACUCCUGUAAAGUCUGGUGGCAGGGGUCGUGGUGGCAGGGGUGCAUUGGGGGCCCCAGCUAGUGGAAGAGGUAGGGGUGGUGGACGGGGUGGAUUUAUGAAUUUUGGAGAAAGAAAAGAUCCUCCACAUAAAGGAGAGAAGGAAGUCCCUGAAGGUGCUCCUGAUUGCUUGGCAGGUUUAACUUUUGUAAUUAGUGGAACACUUGACAGUUUAGAAAGAGAAGAAGCAGAAGACUUCAUUAAACGCUAUGGUGGUCGUAUCACUGGAUCUGUCAGCAAAAAGACGAAUUAUCUCUUGUGUGAUGAAGAUAUUGGGGGAAGGAAGUCAGCUAAAGCCAAAGAACUGGGCACUGCCGUCCUCACUGAGGAUGGAUUAUUUGACAUGAUCCGUGCAUCAAAUCGUGGAAAAGAACGUUCAAAAGAAGAGUUGAAGAAAUCUGUGGAUAAAGUUGCUGCAUCUCUGCCUAAGGAGAGCCCUAAGAAAGCAGAAGUGAAGAGCAACUCUUCAGAAACAAAGGUCUCUAGCAAGGCCUCAAAGCCAAGUGUUUCAUCUGUGAAGCAGAUAGAACAAACUUCCCUACAUUCUUCUGUGAUGUGGACUGAAAAGUAUAGGCCAAAGAUUCCUAAUGAGAUCAUUGGGAAUCAAUCACUGGUUACCCAACUUCAUAAUUGGUUGGCACAUUGGAAUGAGCAGUUCCUUCACACUGGAAGUAAUGGAAAGGGAAAAAAGAAAAAUGAUCCUAAUGCCAAAAAGGCUGUUCUAUUAAGUGGAACACCUGGUAUAGGAAAAACUACCUCAGCAAAAUUGGUUAGUCAGAUGCUAGGUUUUCAACCAAUUGAGGUAAAUGCUAGUGACAGUCGUGGAAAGGCUGAUGCCAACAUUUCUAAAGGAAUUGGUGGAAGCAAUGCAAAUUCUGUCAAAGAACUUGUUAGCAAUGAGGCCUUGAGCAUUGACAUGGAUCAGUCAAGACGCAAAAAAACUGUCCUGAUUAUGGACGAGGUGGAUGGGAUGUCUGCUGGAGAUAGAGGUGGAGUAGCAGAUUUGAUAGCUAGCAUAAAGAUUUCCAAAAUCCCCAUUAUUUGCAUUUGCAAUGACCGUUACAGUCAGAAACUGAAAAGUCUUGUGAACUACUGCUUGCUUCUUACUUUCAGGAAACCUACAAAACAGCAGAUGGCAAAGCGAUUAAUGCAAGUAGCAAAAGCAGAAGGUCUUCAAGUUAACGAGAUUGCUCUUGAGGAACUUGCAGAAAGAGUGAAUGGAGAUAUGCGCAUGGCACUGAACUUGUUGCAAUAUAUGAGCCUUUCCAUGUCAGCUAUCAACUACGAUGACAUAAGGCAGCGUCUUCUUAGCAGUUCCAAGGAUGAAGAAAUUUCACCAUUCACUGCUGUAGAUAAGUUGUUUGGCUAUAGUGGGGGAAAGUUGAGAAUGGAUGAGCGGAUUGACCUAAGCAUGAGUGAUCCUGAUUUAGUUCCUCUUCUUGUCCAGGAAAAUUAUAUUAAUUAUAGGCCAAGUUCAACUGGUAAAGAUGAUACUGGACUGAAACGCAUGAGCUUGAUUGCCCGUGCUGCCGAAUCUAUUGGAGAUGGGGAUAUAAUCAAUGUGCAGAUUCGAAGAUAUCGGCAGUGGCAGCUCUCCCAAACUGGUUCCCUUUCAUCCUGUAUCAUUCCUGCUGCAUUGUUACAUGGACAAAGGGAAAUACUUGAACAGGGAGAACGGAAUUAUAAUAGAUUCAGUGCGUGGCUUGGAAAGAAUUCAUCAAUGGGGAAAAAUUUUAGGCUUCUGGAGGAUUUGCAUGUUCAUCUUCUUGCCUCUCGUGAAUCAAGUUCAGGAAGGGGGACUCUACGUCUUGAACAUCUCACACUUCUGAUGAAACGAUUGACUGAUCCACUUCGGCAUUUGCCUAAGGAUGAGGCUGUUAAGCAAGUGGUAGAGUUCAUGAAUGCUUACUCAAUAAGCCUGGAAGACUUUGAUACUAUUGUGGAGUUGUCUAAAUUCCAGGGUCAUCCAAAUCCACUAGAAGGCAUUCCACCAGCUGUCAAAGCAGCUAUGACAAAAGCAUAUAAUGAAGGAAGCAAAUCAAGGAUGGUACGUGCUGCAGAUUUAAUUACACUUCCUGGAAUGAAAAAAGCCCCCAAGAAGCGUAUUGCUGCAAUUCUGGAACCAUCUGAUGAUGGUGUAGGAGAGGAGAAUGGUGAUGAAUUGGCAGCAAAUGAAGAGAAUGCUUCAGAUUCGGAGGAUGUUGGUAAGCUUUUGUUAUGAUAAGUUGUGUUGAGUACUUGAGCUGUUUGCUGGUAACUUCUCUAACUUAUUUUCACCAAUUGUUUGUCAACUAUCCAUCCCACUCACAAAAGGUAAAUAAUUGGAAAAUAUAUAGGCAUCAAACUUGGUAAAUUGAUCCAGGGAAAUACUUUUUCUGCUUUGACGUUGACGACCUGGUUGAAAUUGUCAAACAAACAGCUAGUAUUAUCCACUACAUUACAGGAAAUCAGAAAUUCAUUGACCAUUAGUGAUCAACGUAAAAAGAUCAAAUGAUCUGGGCAAAGGGUGAGAAAAAUCAUGUCUAAAGUGGUUACUUCUUGUUUUUGGACAUCUGUGUGAAACUUGAAAUAGAAUCGGCAUGUUGUACAAUACUUUCUAAGAUUUCGUUGCAAGAUAAAAUAUCAGAAUAUGUGCAUUAAUUCUCUUUGAUGUACCUUUUCCUCUAAUGUGUAAGAAGGGACUGCCAAUGGUGAGAAGCUGCAGGAGGAACUUCAAAGUCUGAAUUCUAAAGGAAUCAAGGUUGAAUUGGAAUUGAAGAAUACCGGGAAUUCAAGCACCAAGAAGACACAGGCAGGUAGAGGAAGGGGCAGGUCUACCUACACACCCGCAACUGAAAAGAAAAGCGGACGUGGAUCUGGAGCUGGUGCUAGGAGAAAGAGAUGAGAUGUUGACAAUGUAAAUGGUUUUUUUUUUUUUUUUCUAAACAAUUUUGGCAAUGUUUAUGACCAUUGUCAUUAUGAUCAGUACCCUGGAUGUACUUGGAUGCAUCAUUUCGGAUGGUUCGGCAAGAAUUGUGGGCAGAUGAUUCCUGUUUUUUCACCUUUUCCAAUGGUGUAACUGAUGUUUUACAGUAUAUUUUGAACUUUGGUCUUCUGGCAUUUCAUUGGAUGCUUUGUGUUCCAAGUAA